AAGUUGCCUUGAAGUUUGUUUCCAAGAGCAACCUUUCAAAGUGGACGACGCCAUAGGAUUUACAACUUCACACUUUCAAUCUUUUGCACUGCCUGUGGCAAUAUUUUGUCGUCCAUAAAGUUAGCGUAUGCAACAGUCACAGAUUUAACUACAUAAAAAUGUUAGGAACAAAAGCUGCCACAACAAUUGGACCAGAAUCCUGGAGAAAUUCCACAUUGAAAGGAAUAAAACUUUCUAACACUAUUGUCAACAAAAGUGAUAAAUCAUGUGAUGUUGGAAGGUCCCUUGACCCUUUGCCUCAUCUGCGAGACACAGUUUCUCAGUUGAGUAACGAUGAAAUUCACAGGUACACUCGUGAGGUUAGAGCCGUUGUUGCUAAGCUCAGGGAAAGUCUUCUAGAGACAAAUGAGGAAAUCAAGUCACUAACAAGGGGGAAAGAGGCUAUCGAAAAAGCGCUUGAACAUACCAGAAAAGAUAUCAGACUUAAUAAAGACAGUCAGGAGGUCAGGAUGUCAAGACCUCCAAGAGAAAAGGGACAUGAUGGUGCAGAUGAUUUAUUAAAUGCAGAAAAAGCACAUUUGAUCAACUGUAAAAAGGCAUUAGAAGCUCAGCUCAGAUCUGUUCAGCAACAAUUAUUAGUAUUAGAUGCUGCCAGAAAACGUUUAUUUGCUGUCUUACAAGAAAGAUCCCGUGUUCUUGACCUCCUUAACCACUCAUUGUCCUCCAUCACAAAUGUCAACAGUGCGAUGUCCAACAUGUCCAGCUCAGGUAUGCGUCGUAGUAAGAGUGUCCAAGAUGGCAGAUAUUCACGCAUGAAUUAUUCAAAUUUACCUGAUCCUUUGGGUCCAUUCACUCCUGAAGCAGAUCAGGCAUUGGCUGAUGCUGACGAUGCAAGGGCUAGAUCUGCAUACCUUAGACGGGAACUGAGGGAAGCCAUUGAUAGAACUGAUAAAUUACAGAAAGCUGCACACAAGUCUGUAAACGAUGGAUUGACACAGAAGUUAUCAGAGACUGUUACACUCAAGCAACAUCUUGGUGUGAGCUUUGGAGAGAACCGUCAUGGUAUGCACAGAGCACAGAGAUGGUAUGAUGCCACAGAUAAGGCCAGGAGUUAUACACUGGGUCCAGUUGCUAGUUCAGACUUAUCAACAAGAGAGAGAUUAGACCGUCCAAUGGUCAGAGUAUUCCAGAGACAUCCUGGCACACAGCUACCAGAAGCACAGGAAAUAAUAAGGGGAGGUGAUGGAUUGCUACAGUCACUCACAGCUACCAGUAGAAAUAUUGGUCUCCUUAGACUAACACAGCUGAAAUUGCGUAACGAUAUAAAGAGUAAGAGUGCAGCUGCUGGAAUUGACGGAAGUAUUAUUAGAAUGCGACGAAGCAAAAGUAACCAUAGAUGGACACUUGGAGAGGCAUUCUAGUGCAACAACUGUUACAUUUUGUUAUAGAAUUUUUUUAAAUGCUAAAUAUUUGCUUCAAAUAUUAUAAACACUAUUUUUUAUGCAUGAUGCGUUUGUUGUUAUGAAAUCAAAAUUUUAGUAAUUGUUAUUUUUUAAAUGAUUCCGUCCAAGUCCUAUUUAUGAUAUACUGUAAGUUUAUUAUUAUUCGGAGUCUAUUAAAUUUCAUGGAUAAUAUUGGUAUGGUUAAACCAUGAAUCUAAUUGUUCAACAAAAUACAAAAACCUUAUAAGGCUUUUAUGUUGAGUGUAUAUUUCAAAGCCACCUAAUGUAAUAUCCAUGAAAAUACAAUUUUUUCACCAUUCACUAAAAUUGGUACCCAGAAAAUAAAAUGAAUUCACAGUAUAGGGACAGGUAUUUUAGUUUAUAAAUGUGUAUUUGAAGACAUUUAAUAUUUAAAGAGUUUUGUUAAAUGUUUGUUAAUAAGAGCACAGUUUGAAUUUUUUACCACAAUAUUUCAUUAAAACUUACAAUGUUCAUUUUUUUUUUUAAUCUCUUAAAGUAUGUGUAAUGAAAAUGCUAAAUACACACAAUAUGAUAACUGUUUGUUUGUUUCAAAAAGGGUGAAGAUUAUGUUGACAUGAAUUUUAACACAGGGAUCAGGGACUUUAGUAUGAAGUAUUAUUUUUCUAUCAUUUGAAGCAUGAUAACAUAUAGCACUUCAUCACAUCAAUAUUUUUCAUCUUAUAAAACCAUUUUGCUCAAAAGUUCACGCUGUUAGUCUUAAAGUAAAGUUUUUGUCACAUGUUGGAAUUUUUUUGCUUAUAUUAGAUUUUAUUAUCUGUAUUAUGUAUUUUGUAUGAUAAAGUUGUAUUAUAAUGAACAUUAUAAAUUAUUGAUAAGUGUUUGCAGUAUACCAUUCCAGUCUUUAGAGAAGAAAUUGUGGUAAAUUUUACAGUUUUAGUGUAAAAUGUUGGAUUAAUGAAAAAUGUGAGACAAUAAUACAAAUACAUGUAUGGUUAAUCCAAUAUUCCAAAAUGUGACAGAAAAAAUAUAGUUUGUUGUUUAUUGUUGCUGUGAUAAUAUGUAUAUUUGUUACAGUAUUUUAUUUGUUUUGUUAUUUGUUAGUAUUUUACAUGUUUUACGUAGAUAAACUGCUGAUUAUUUUUUGUAAUUAGCUCACUUAAGAACAGUAUUCCUGCAAGAAAAUAAAACCAUCUGAGUGUCAGCUGUGGUCUGUUUUACAUUCUUUAUUGUAAUAUUUUUUGGCUGUCUGUGAUAUUUUUUCUUUUUUAAAUCUGUUGUGCAGUCAUUUUGUGUCAUGGUUUAUAUCAGCACACCUUAGAACAGUAUUUUUUUACUGUUGAGCAGUCAUAGUGUGUCAUGGUUUAAACAACACACUAGAACAGUAUCGAUAUUCUGUUAAGCAGUCAGAUUGUGUCAUGGUUUAUAUUAGCCACCUUAGAACAGUAUUUAUCUUUUGUUUUCAAUUGUAUUGUGUCAUGGUUUUUAUCAGCACACCUUAAAACAGUAUUUAUCUUUUGUUUUCAAUUGUAUUGGGUCAUGGUUUAUAUCAGCACACCUUAGAACAGAAAUUAUCUUCUUUUGAGCAAUCAUGUUGUGUCAUGGUUUAAAACAACACACCUUAGAACAGUAUUAUUCAAAUGACUCUACCGGUACAUUAAAAAUUCCACUUCAGCAUUAGUUAUAGAUUUCCAAUUUUUUCUACAAACCUAACAAAUUAUUAAAGCUUUUUUAAAUAUUUACAGGCAUUAUAUAUAUAUGUUCAUAUUGAAACAAACAUUGCUUUAGUACAUAUGAUCAGCUUUAUACACGCUUUGAAUACAUAAUAUUAUAAAUAUGCACCUUUUACAUUUAAUUGUUAUUUAUUUAUAACAAAACAAACUAUUUUGAAUUACAAGAUUCAUAUUGUUUUGACACCUUAUUAUCAGUAAAAAUUAAAACCAUGAAAAAUCAAAUAUGUCCCCAAAAUUAAAUAUUGUUCAAACCACAAAUUUUAAAAUAAUCUGAAAUUUAACCUAUUAAUAUCUCAUAUUACUUUUUUAUAUCAAAGUUUUUUACUUGUUUAUUUUUUUUCGAAUAAAGGAGAGAGAUAAUAACAGCUUAAGUUUUAUAAGUAACUGGAGUAGAUUAAGAGGGAAUUUUGGGACAGUUGUUAGUAACUGGUGUAGAUUUAAAGGGGAUUUGAGAGACAGUUGUAAGGUACUGAGGAAGAUUUAUAGGGGAUUUGAGGGAUAUACCCUCAAAAUGAGUUUGAAUUAAAACAUUGUUUUCAAUAAAAUAUGCAAAUUCUGAAUUGGUUCCCAUAAAUUGAUGUGCUGUAUACAUCUUUCAAAUGCAUCAAUGAACUUUGAUAUUGACCGUUUGUUAUAAGAUAACAGAUUUGUGAUCUGCUCAAAUCCUCUUAUUGAACAAAAUGUUGGUUAUGAAUGUUAUAACAUCGAGGAUCAGUUUUGGGAAGUUAUAAGGACUUUAUAUCUCUCCUCAUUGAUAAGCAAAAGUUAAAUUGUAACAUGAAGAUUUAAACAGGGUAGAUUAAUUAAUAACUGCAGCCUUUCGUCUUGCCUAAUUGGAAUGCUUGAUUUUAACAAAUGGUUCCAUAAUGAUCAAUAUUAAUCUAGUUACCUAUAAAGUAUAUCAGAUAUUUAUAUACCAAUCACAUUGAUUUUAAUAUUGGAAAAAAAUUAUUGAGAAGUUUGAAAAUAUAUAUUUUAUUAUUCUUGUAUUUCCCCCAGUGAACCCACUUAGAAUCUCAGAAAUAAUCAAAAGAAAUACAUAUUUACAUGUAGAUUAAAGAAACAGUAUUUUUGUCAGUAUAUGAAAAGUUAUACUGGGCAUUGUUUAUUUAGUAGCGAAGACAUGUACAGUUUUUAAGGCUCAGUAUAUAAUGUUCAACUGUAGGUUCUGAAACAAGUCUGUUUUUAUGUUUCAUUUUAUAUUACAUAUCCAGUCUAUAGAAAUAUGUCUUCAUACAAAGAUUGGUGGUGAAGGAAAAGAUUCAAAUUGUAAAAAAUGCAAAAAACAACUGAAAUUGCAAAACAAACAUAUUGUUGACAAGUAAGAUAAUUUUAUGCAUAGAUGUUGGCAAACUCAUAAAAGUGUCUGGAUUUGAAGAAUUAGCAUCAAGUUUCAAUUUAUUUCAAUCUUAUGCAGAAUACUUUGAAUUAGUAAUUAGGUGACAUGUAUAAAACAGAAGAAGUCAACUAUUAGUUCUUUACCAAAUUAGACCUGAACUGUUGAGUAUUUUGAUAGCCUAAUCCUGAACAUUAUACCAUUGUUUCAGAACCUACAGUCCAUUGCUAGAUGUUGAUCAGUAUUAGUUUGUCUUUCAUUGUCUUGUAUGUUCACCAGAUCUGUUGUUUGAGAUAGAUAUUUUAUGCACACAAAUAUUGUUAUCAUGAGUGCUAAUAAAAAAUAAAGCAUCAACCACUGUU